AUGGCACUCUCGAUGCUAUCCCUGUCGUCCGCCGUAAGGGCUUCCUCGGUGCCCCUGGACGUCGAGCACCGUCUUCCGUACAAUCCCCGCCGCACUCGUCCCAAGAAACCAGACUCGUUGACGGCGGCACCACCGACCACUCUAACCACCACACUCGACAAGCGUUCCCCGAAGAUAUCCGUUUCGGACCUCCUUAAACGCGACAUCUCGAAAAGUGCUCAAGAGGAAUUAGGUGGCUCGUAUUUGGGAUAUGAAACAUGGCUGCCCACUCCACCCAAAGUGGAGAAGCCUCGGUCUGUGUUGAACCCUGCAUCACUCGCUUACAUCGGGGACUGCAUUUAUGAGUUAUAUGCUCGCAGGCAUUUCUUGUUUCCUCCCUUAAAUAUUGAAGAAUACAAUGACCGUGUGAUGGCUGUCGUUCGUUGUGAAGCACAGGAUGCAAUAUUGCAAAAACUUAGGAGUGACAGCUUCUUAUCACAAGAAGAGAGAGAUGUGCUCCGUUGGGGGAAGAAUAUUAAUUCCUCAAAGACACGAACAAAGAAGCGUGCAGGUGUUGCGGUCUACAACAGAGCAUCUUCACUGGAGACACUAGUUGGUUAUUUGUACCUUACCAAUGUUCAGCGGCUGGAGGAGAUCAUGGAAAAAAUCGGCUUUGCCACAGAUACUUCUAAACCCCCUGAAGAAGAGAGAUAA